AUGAGUUCAUCUCCACACGCAGGUGAUGAUUUAAUUGAAGAACUCAAUAUAACAGUAGCCGUCAGAUGUCGAGGCAGAAAUGAACGAGAGAUUCGGGCGAAAAGCUCUGUGGUAGUUUCAGUACCAGAUGUAAUGGGUUCAAACGAGGUAUCAAUUAACACUACGGAUGAUGUAGGCAUCACAGCGCAGAUAAAUUCAAAGACAUACACAGUGGACAAGGUUUUUGGACCAAGUGCGAAUCAGAGCUUAAUAUUUCACAAUAUAGCUGAACCGCUGUUUGCGGAUUUUAUUAAAGGAUACAACUGUACCGUACUUGUCUAUGGAAUGACGUCUACUGGUAAGACUUAUACAAUGACAGGUGAUGAAAAGCUAUAUAAUGGAGAAUUGAGUGAUUCAGCGGGCAUAAUACCUAGGAUACUGUUUCGCUUAUUUGAGAGUCUGGAAUCACAAAAGGAUGAUUAUGUAGUGAAAUGUUCUUUCGUUGAGCUGUACAAUGAAGAACUCAAGGACUUGUUGAAUGUUUCGCAAGAUGUUCCCGCAUCAAAACGCUUGAAGAUAUUCGAAUCGGACUCCUUAUCGUCAUCCACUAAUAAUGUCAAUCGAAAUAUUCCCAGGCAAAAUUCUUCUAGCACAUCAACAGAACACCCCAUUUCUAGAGUUCAGAGAAAUUAUAGGAGGUCGCUGUCUUUUCCUGGCGUUCCCUUCAGAGUGUCACCCUCUCAGCAGCAGCAGCAACGACAGCAGCAACGACAGCAGCAACGACAGCAACAGCAGAAACAGCAGCAGCAAAAACAACAAUCUCCAAAUCAGGAUCAAAGCACAGGAAUCUAUAUUCAAAAUCUGCAAGAUUUCCACAUCAACAGUGCAAAGGAAGGUAUUAAACUUCUCCAAAAGGGACUCAAAUAUCGACAAGUGGCAUCCACGAAAAUGAAUGAUUUCUCGAGCAGAUCACACACAAUAUUUACCAUAAAUCUCUACAAAGAACAUAAAGGGGAAAUGUUCAGAAUUUCAAAAAUGAAUCUUGUAGACCUUGCUGGUUCAGAAAACAUAAGUCGAUCGGGGGCUCAACAUCAAAGAGCAAAAGAGGCAGGAUCCAUUAACCAAAGUUUAUUGACAUUAGGAAGAGUAAUAAACUCACUUGCUGAUAAAAAUGCACAUGUUCCGUUCCGAGAAUCAAAACUUACACGACUGCUACAGGACUCCCUCGGAGGUAAUACGAAGACUGCUUUGAUAGCUACAAUAUCGCCUGCCAAAAUAAAUUCCGAGGAAACUUGUAGCACUCUUCAAUAUGCAGCAAAAGCCAAAAAUAUCAAGAAUAAACCUCAAUUGGGAUCCAUUGUCAUGAAGGAUAUACUUGUCAAGAGUAUUACUUCGGAACUAGCGAAAAUAAAAGCAGACUUCUUGUCAACCAAGUCUAGAGAAGGUAUAUAUAUGAGUCAGGAUAACUAUAAAGAGUUAACGAACGAUUUAGAAAGUUACAAAAACGAAGUACAGGAAUGCAAAAGGGUCGUUGAAAGUUUAACAUCACAAAAUAGUCUUCUCUUAAGGGACAAAAAAGCUUCUCAUGAAGUCAAUGAUUUACAAAGGAUUAAACUCCAGCGGAUGAGAGAUUCAGUCAGUGAGCUCUAUGCAAAAUUAGAGGAACAGCAUAAAAGGGAACAAGAAAUUAUAGGUGCUACGUCGGCCCUGAAGACAGCCAUGGGAAACAUGGAAUCUACUAUCAAGAAAUUUGAGAGACGGGAACAUGAGUUUAAAGAAAAGAUACGCUCUUCUUUAGGAGAGGAAUUUUCUCGGCUGAAAGACACUUUCGUAGAGGAUAUUGAGAGAAUUAAUCAGACAGAGUACAUUGAGGGUAACGAUGUACCGGAUCAUGUCAAUAUUGUCAAAUGUGAGAUCGCUAAACUUGUAAAAACUGUUCAAGGAAAGGCAGAAACAAUGUAUAAAGACUGUAUGGAAAAGAUAUUGCUAGAGACACCCAAAUUUUACGAGGUUGCUGCCAAUCAAAUUUCAGAAGUUGAAACCAUGCUCAACAAUUAUCAUCGUAACCUAUCUGAAAAUCUCAGUGAUGUCAGCGAAGAGUAUAAUAAUUUGAAGCAGUACUUGACUGAGCAUUUUUUCAAGAAUGAUCAUGAAGAUCUAUUGAGUUCCCAUGUGGACAAAACCUAUCAUUACCUUCAAUCUUCAGCAGAUUCUCUCCUUCACAGAUUCCAGCAAAUGAUGAACGAGCAUUUGGAAAAUAACAAGGAAAUAAUGAUAAAAAAUUUGAGAACGGCUACUUCUGAAGUAAUAAAAAAAGAAAUGAACCUUUUUGAGCCACAGAAACACAAAUGGGAGCAAUCGUUUGAAUAUAUAAACAAAUGUGAUUCAUUGAACAACACUUUUCAAGGUGAUAUGAAGUUUGCGCUUUCUCACAUUAAGUCCGCUGUAGGAACUUCGACUGACUCAGUCUUUAAAACAAUCAAUCAGGUAAAGGAUCAGGUAGACAGGUACGAGGAUCCCUUCCUUUUGAUUGAAAAGAAUGGUAUUCUGAAUGAGCACUUCGGCAAAAUGCUAAAAAAAGACGAGAUUCUCAAGAAAAGGUUGCAAAAAUCAAUAUCAUCCACGAAAGAGUAUGUAGCUGUCAUCGAUAACCUUAGAAGUUCAAUUGUGGAUACUGUCGCUAAUGAUUAUAAAACUAGCGAUGACGAAAAGCGUGGAUCGAUUGAAGAUGCUGUAGCGGAUCUCGAGGAUCAAAACCUAUUAUCAAUAGAUGAGCGACGUCCUUUGAGAAGGACAUCACUCCAACCAAUAAUUAAUAAUAGUGGGCUCAGAAAAAUGAAAAGGUCUAACUCACACUCUCCAAAUAAACUCCCGCUUGUUCAGUACGUCAGUACAUUGAAACGGAGUUGCUCGGAGUUGGAUGAACGAUAUGAAGAAAAUAAAAGCAAAAUAUCGAGACCAGACUAA